AUGAAUGCAAUGUGGAUAAACCAAAUCAUAGGCAUAUACAUACAUUCAAAUUUUGGAUUUAUACCGGAAUAUAUUACGAAACUUGAAACACAAUAUAUUUCACUAUCCGAAGCAUUAUCUGCAGUUAAAUAUGUCCAAAAUAAAUUAAACGACUGUGAGGGUGAAAUUGGUGUUGCGGUAUUUCAAAAAUUCAAUAAUGUAUUGGAGAAAAAUUGUGGAUUUAAAACGAUACUUAAUAUUUCAAAAAUAUUAAGUGGACAAGAAAGUUCAAUAGAAGGUCUUCCUGAUGAUUUGACCGGUGACGAUAUUACUUACUUCAAAUAUGCGCCGAUUACGUUAACUGAUGUUGAACGUAGUUUUUCAAGGUACAAAACUUUGCUCGUGGAUAAUCGACGAUCUUUCAAUUUUGAAAACAUUAAAAAAAGUUUAGUGGUCCAAUGUAACACUUUGGAAGGUAAGAACAAAAUUAUAUCCAAUGCAUUUUAAUUAUUAAUUAAAAUACUUUUUAAUUAGGCAUGUACCUGGUGGUUUUUCUAAUUUAGUAAUUUGUGUUAUGUAUUUCAGGUAUAUAAAUAUAACUCGACAGAAGUGCAUUUUUUUACUCAAGGAA